UAUUUGCCUCUUUUGGAACCCUUCUCAGGUGGCUUUUACAGGUUUUGUGCAGAUUAGCUUUUAUUACCACCCCCCUCUAAAAAAUCUAUUCCCAUCCCCCUUCGUUUUCAGUGCUUCCAAAAUUCCCACCACAAUAUUAAUUAUAUUAUUUUUAUUUACUCCCAUUAUAUAAAUAUAAGUCCUGAUCAGUACUCAAUAUAUCCUUCAUUGUUUUGCAUAUUAACUAAAGAAAAAGAAUCUGUAAGGGGGGUUGCAUGUAAUUAAAAAAAGAUGUUGGGAAUAGAGGAAAUACUGUGUGAGCUUGAAAGAGAAGAAAUGAAUGAACAAGGUGGGUUGCCACCUGGUUUUAGGUUUCACCCUACUGAUGAAGAGCUUAUCACCUUCUAUUUAGCUUCUAAAGUCUUCAAUGGCACCUUCUGCGGUGUCCACAUUGCUGAGGUUGACCUCAACAGAUGCGAACCCUGGGAACUUCCUGAUGUGGCGAAAAUGGGAGAGAGAGAGUGGUAUUUCUUCAGCUUGAGAGACAGAAAGUACCCAACUGGCCUCAGAACAAACCGAGCCACCGGCGCCGGUUACUGGAAAGCCACCGGAAAAGACAGAGAAGUUUACAGUUCUAGUAGUGGUGGUGGUGCACAGCUUCUUGGAAUGAAGAAAACACUUGUUUUCUACAAAGGGAGGGCCCCACGUGGCGAGAAAACCAAGUGGGUCAUGCACGAAUACCGCCUCGACGGCGACUUCUCUUGCCGCCACACCUGCAAGGUACCCUCUCUUUCCGAUCACCGGAAUUAUUAUUUCCACAUGCAUCAAUCAUUCAUUCUUUAAUUAGGGCAAAAAAUAAUAAUAAUAAUUCCAAUUAAUGAUUGGAUAUAAAUCCUAAAUUUACAUCUGCACGUGUUUGUGCUAAUGUUUUGUCCUUUCGUAGGGUUG